AAAAAAAAAAAAAAGAGAGAGAGAGAGAGAGAAACCUGAAGUUGUAUUCCCCCAUUGUGAUUUUUCUAUUUAGGGUUCACUGACAACUCUGACAAAACCGGAUGCUCUCCCGUCAUGUAUGUACCCACAUGCUCACCUUCAUCGUCAGUGUCAAAAUCUGCUUCUGCUGCAAUCUUGAGAGCUGCUAGGGUUCGUUUUGCAUCUACAAUUUCAUCAUCAUCACCAUCUUCUAUUUUCUCUUCUGUUUCCAGAAGCUUCGUUUCUCCUUCGGUAUCCAAACCGUCGUCGUUUAUCACUUGUCGGUCUUUUAAACCUUCGUCGGCGGUUCGAUCGCUUCGUUGCUCUGUCCCUCGGUGGAGUCACGGCGUUGACUGGAGAUCGCCUGUCAGUCUUAGAGCUCAGAUCAGAACUGCUGCUCCUGUCAUCGAACGCUUCGAGCGAAAGAUCGCAACUAUGGCUCCUGAACAUCCUUAUAAGGGAAUAUUGACCAGUCUACCCAAGCCUGGAGGUGGUGACUUUGGAAAGUUCUAUAGCCUUCCUGCUUUAAAUGAUCCCAGAAUUGAUAAGCUUCCAUAUUCCAUUAGGAUACUCUUGGAAUCUGCUAUACGUAAUUGUGACAACUUCCAAGUCACCAAGAAUGAUGUUGAGAAGAUCAUCGACUGGCAAAAUACUUCACCAAAGCUAGUUGAAAUUCCCUUCAAGCCAGCCCGAGUUUUGUUGCAGGAUUUUACUGGUGUUCCAGCUGUGGUGGAUCUUGCUUCCAUGCGAGAUGCCAUAAAGAGUCUUGGCAGUGACCCAGAGAAGAUCAAUCCCUUGGUACCUGUGGACCUUGUUAUUGAUCAUUCAGUUCAGGUUGAUGUUGCAAGACAUGAGAAUGCAGUGCAGGCAAACAUGGACCUUGAAUUCAAGAGGAACAAUGAGAGGUUUGCCUUCCUUAAGUGGGGAUCCACUGCCUUCCAUAACAUGCUUGUUGUUCCUCCUGGUUCUGGUAUUGUCCACCAGGUUAACUUGGAGUACCUUGGACGGGUUGUCUUCAACACUGAUGGCAUUCUUUAUCCUGAUAGUGUUGUUGGAACUGAUUCUCAUACAACAAUGAUUGAUGGACUAGGAGUUGCUGGUUGGGGUGUUGGAGGAAUUGAAGCUGAGGCUGCUAUGCUUGGGCAGCCAAUGAGCAUGGUUUUACCUGGUGUUGUUGGAUUUAAAUUGUCCGGAAAGUUGCGCAAUGGUGUCACAGCUACUGAUUUGGUUUUAACAGUGACCCAAAUGUUGAGAAAGCAUGGUGUUGUUGGCAAGUUUGUCGAGUUUUAUGGUUCUGGUAUGGCUGAAUUAUCGUUGGCCGAUAGGGCUACUAUUGCAAAUAUGUCACCUGAGUAUGGAGCAACCAUGGGUUUCUUCCCUGUGGAUCAUGUCACAUUACAAUACCUUAAAUUAACUGGGAGAAGUGAUGAAACAGUGGCAAUGAUAGAAGGAUAUUUGCGCUCAAACAAGAUGUUUGUCGACUACAGCGAGCCUCAACAGGAGAGAGUGUAUUCAUCUUAUCUGGAAUUGGACCUUGCUGGUGUUGAACCUUGUGUUUCUGGACCGAAAAGACCACAUGACCGAGUUCCUCUAAGACAAAUGAAGGAUGAUUGGCAAUCAUGUCUUGAUAACAAAAUUGGGUUUAAGGGGUUUGGAGUGCCAAAGGAAGAACAAAGUAAGGUUGCCAAGUUCUCAUUCAGUGGCCAGCCUGCUGAACUUAAACAUGGUAGUGUUGUUAUAGCUGCUAUCACAAGCUGUACAAACACAUCCAAUCCGAGUGUCAUGCUUGGAGCUGGUCUUGUUGCAAAGAAGGCCUGUGAGUUGGGGUUGGAGGUAAAGCCAUGGAUAAAAACUAGUCUUGCCCCAGGCUCUGGAGUUGUGACAAAAUAUUUGCUCCAGAGUGGCCUGCAAAAAUAUUUGAACCAGCAAGGAUUUCACAUUGUUGGCUAUGGAUGCACGACAUGCAUUGGAAAUUCUGGGGAUCUGCAAGAAUCAGUAGCUUCAGCAAUCACAGAACAUGACCUCGUUGUUGCUGCUGUACUUUCUGGUAAUCGCAACUUUGAAGGUCGUGUUCAUCCGCUGACAAGGGCUAAUUAUCUUGCUUCACCUCCAUUAGUUGUUGCUUAUGCACUUGCUGGCACGGUUGACAUUGACUUUGAGAAGGACCCAAUUGGAAUUGGAAAAGAUGGAAAAAGUGUGUACUUCAAAGAUAUCUGGCCCAAUACCGAAGAAAUUGCUGAGGUGGUGCAGUCUAGUGUGCUCCCAGAAAUGUUUAAGAGCACUUAUGAAGCUAUUACAGAAGGCAAUGCCUUCUGGAAUCAACUGUCUGUUCCUUCAUCAAAGCUUUAUGAAUGGGAUCCCAACUCAACAUAUAUCCAUCAACCUCCAUAUUUCAAGGACAUGACCAUGGAUCCACCUGGUCCCCAUGGAGUCAAGGAUGCGUAUUGCUUGCUGAAAUUUGGUGACAGUAUCACUACUGAUCAUAUUUCUCCAGCAGGGAGCAUCCAUAAGGAUAGUCCAGCCGCGAAGUACUUGAUGGAGCGUGGGGUUGACCGUAGAGAUUUCAAUUCUUAUGGUAGUCGUCGUGGCAAUGAUGAAGUGAUGGCAAGGGGUACCUUUGCAAAUAUUAGACUUCUGAAUAAGUUCUUAAACAAACAGGCUCCAAAGACUAUUCACAUCCCAACAGGCGAGGAGCUCUAUGUUUAUGAUGCAGCAAUGAGGUACAAGAGUGCUGGUCAGGACACCAUAAUUCUGGCAGGUACAGAGUAUGGAAGUGGCAGUUCUCGAGACUGGGCAGCUAAGGGUCCAAUGCUGCAGGGAGUCAAAGCGGUGAUUGCCAAAAGUUUUGAGAGAAUACACCGCAGUAAUCUUGCAGGGAUGGGCAUUAUUCCACUUUGUUUCAAACCUGGCGAGGAUGCUGAUACGCUGGGCCUGACAGGUUAUGAACGUUACACUAUAGACCUUCCAAAGAAAGUCAGCGAUGUAAGACCUGGCCAAGACAUUACAGUCACCACUGAUGAUGGAAAGUCUUUCACAUGUGUAGUCCGUUUUGACACAGAGGUUGAACUGACAUACUUCGACCAUGGUGGAAUCCUUCCCUACGUUAUUCGAAACUUGGCCAAGUGAAAACUUGAGUUUCACUCGAGCAUAGGAUGACCAGUUAUUGCAGAACUGGGACAGCAGGGACUACAGCACAGCUACAAUCCUCUCUCAGUUCAUGAGCUAUCGAGAUUUAUUGCACGGAGUUGUUUCUUGCCUUCAAAUAAAGGUUUCGGAUAAUAGUGAAAAUUUACAUCUCAUUUAAAUUUGGCCCUGGUAAAGUGGGAACAUGUGGCGUAAUUUAUAGCAUGUCUUUUUUGGAGGCGGUAGUGAUAAACUUUCUUAGAUACAAACGCCACUGUGGGGUGGCUGUUGCGUUGAAUUUAAUCACGGGGUCGGUGCUUGUUUUGUUAAACUUUUCCUGUUAUGCGUUAAUUCAAUUGUCCAUCUUUUCUCGUCUCAGUUUUCUUCUCUCACUUGACUAAGGGCGUGUUGUCAAUGUGUGAUAAAGGUUGUUAAGUCUAUAAAGGUUAUCCUUUGUCGUUUGACGAAUAAUAUCAUCUCUACUUACCGUGCA